CAUCCUCUCUCAUCCCUAUGUCUAGGAACAGAGGAAAGAAAGGGAACGGGACACUUUUGUCUCCUUUUGCCUCUUCCAACCAUUGCUACUCUGAUUUUCAAUUAUCCUCCCUUUUUUUUUUUUUGACACUCCCAGUAUGUUGCCCAAACCUCCUUUGCCUGACCACUGAGUAGGUUUACUGCUGAUUUACCCAAAUGAGAGCUUCGGUAUCUCCCUCCCAUGCCUUUCAUCCACUCCAAGGCCCAUCGACCCACAGGGAUGAUCCAUGAAGCACUGCAGUCUCACAAUCUUGUGACUUUAUCAACUUCAGGGACAUGUCACCUCUGCUCCACUUCAGACAUGCACAACAACAGCCACAUCUUGGAUGACAAAGCCAACUUUGGAAUAGCUGCAUCUUUGAAAUGUGAUUAUGAUGACACCUCUUCUGCAGGAUUGAGGGAGUUGAACUUGUCAAAUUAGUGUCUACAGUGAUAUGUAUGAAGCAAAGGGAAGAAGAAUUCUUACUAACUAUCAGACCUUUUGCAAACAGGAUGCAGAAAUCCCCUUGCUACAUUCCCAUUGUGAGCAGUGCCACCCUGUGGGAUAGAAGCACACCCCAUGCAAAGAACAUCCCUUGUUAUGAAAGAACUUCAGUGACCUGCUCCAGAUUCAUUAAUCACAUGAAGAAUUUCUCUGAAUCUCCUAAAUUUCGUAGUCUACACUGUCUAAAUUUUCCAGUGUUUCCAGAAAGGACUCAAAGUUCAGUGGCGUGUAAAAGACUACUUUGUACUUGCCAGUACAUAGUCCCCAGGUCUUCUGUAAGCACAGUUUCUUUGGAUGAAAAAAGCUGUGAAGAAGCCCGUUCCCCUCCAGCACCAUCUGGUAAAACUGAUGAGACCCCAUUGAUUUUCACUGCCAGUGGAGAAACUGAGGAGAGAGCCAGAGGAGCACCCAAGCAGGCUUGGAACAGUUCAUUUUUGGAACAACUGGUACAAAAGCCUAGUUGGGCACACUCAGUAAAUCCUGUUCACCUGGAGGCUCAGGGCAUACACAUCAAUAGACACACAAGACCUAAGGCCCAGCCCUUGAGCAAUCCCAAGAAAAAUUCUGGUUCCACCGCCAGACCUUUCACUGCCAUUGGCCUCUGCAGGAGGAGCCAGACCCCCUGCGCCCUGCAGAGCGCCGGCCCGAGUAACGCAGAGCUGGAGACGAAGAAGAGGAUGGCAGCCCCAGCAGGCUCUCAGGCACACCCCGACAUCCAAAGCAGACUCCUGGGCGCAUCCGGAAAUCCCGUCGGAAGAGGCGCGGUUGCCAUGGCGCCGGAGAUGCUCCCCAAGCAUCCUCAUCCCCCGCGGGACAGGAGGCCUCGGGCGGACACCUCCCUCCAUGGCAAUCUGGCAGGAGCGCCCCUUCCUCUGCUGGCCGGUGCUUCCACCCAUUUCCCCUCCAAGAGGUUAAUAAAGGUUUGCUCCUCAGCACCCCCCCGCCCAACCCGGCGGUUCCAUACGGUUUGUUCACAGGCCCUUUCUAGGCCGGUGGUGAAUGCUCACUUACAUUGACCGCUGCGAGGGAAUUGUUCGGCGAGUGCUGCCCAUCUUCAAAUCAAUGCCUGCUCAGAACAACAGAAAGGGCCUCAGAUGUACUGGUUUCCACAGAACCAUUGUUAGGCUUUUGUGAAGCAUUUUUGAACCUAAUAAAUAAUGUCAAAAGUC